ACGUAAUCAACCAAAGAAGCCAAUGAAGCAUCUUUCACGCUUCAUCUCUUUUGCCAUGAAAUGUAUUUUUAUCACUAUCGUUUUCCAUAUCCUUUUUCAUUCAACCGGGGUCAGGAUCGGGGCCUCCUGGCCUCUUAAACACCCUCUUUCUCCUGAAUUCAAUAGGAUGAAGAAUACUACUAAAACAGCUGGCGGUCCCAGUAGCGGAGGAAUAGGUCACUAACCACUGAUUGGCUGAAAGUCUUCCCGUUAUGUUUACACCAUUACAUCAUCAUCAUCAUCAUCAUCAUCAUCAUCAUCAUCAUCUUCAUCUUCAUCUUAGAGUCAUUGCUAGUUGUUUGCAACUUUAUAGUAUAACAGUCACUAAGCAAAUUAUGGGUUUUGAGUUUUUUCUAGUAUUUAAGAACUAGCUAGCUAGUUGGUUGGCUUACCAUGGUGGAAGAUCAGUAAGGAAGGAGGUUUUGAAAGAGCAUGGGAUCAAUAGUACUAGCUCUUUUAUAGGUUAUCUUGUGAUAUAUUUCACCACCUUUCUUCCUUAUUGAUAUGAUGUUGGUCUAAUCUACUCUUGUCUCCAUUUGUGUUUAAUAUUGUAUUAAGUAUGAUUGUAAGACCUUAUCAAUGAGAUAAUGUUUUUCUUAUAUAUGUAGACGUCAUAUGGCUUGAUAUUAUGAAUAAAUUUUAGUUUAUUAA